AUGGCAGCAGGCGACACCGACCGAGCCAUGGCCGCUCGUACGGCAACCUCGUGUCUCGGGAUGUCUCGGUUCUAUCCCGCGCGGACCUUCUCUACGGUCCUGGCGCUUUGUCAAAAGGCGAAUGGGUCGGUCGAAGUGCAAAGUGGGGAUCCGGGUCUCGAAGGUCAUCGAAAGGUCCAGUUCGAUGUGGAGUCCCUGCAGGCUCGUGGAUUUCUGAGGAAUCAGCGCUCCUACGACCCACCACCCGAUGUGGCAAGCCAAUUGCUCAGCAUCAGUCAAGAUGCAUUGGGAUCGAGGCUCUUGAGCGAGUGGAGUGAGACUCCCCUCGCAGAUCCGCAUGACAAAUAUGCACUUUUGACACAUUGUGCUAGAGUUCUGGGUCAUGUUGUGCCUAACUCCAUGCUUCAUCAAGUCUCUUCACUCGGUGAUGUCUUGGAAUUUUAUAAGACACCAGUGGUGACAAAAAAUCCUUAUGAGCUGCUGCAGGAGAAGGACCUUCCGAAGAAUCUCCAUGUUAUUCCCAAUCCUGUCCGAUUUCAUCCUGACACAGACACCCUCUUCAAAGGGCAGACAGCCUUCCCUGGCAGAUCAACAGUUUCAAAGAGCUUGAGGUACAAGAAGAGGUACCCAGGGUAUGAUGCUCAACCUUUGCCACGGGUGUUUCAUGACAACUGACCCAUUUCUCUUAGCUCUUGUAGUGAUAAUAAAGCAGGGAAUUCAUUAUGCAAUCAAGAGGUUAUACACUAACACGAUAUAGAGAAUUCAAGUAUCACAGAUAGCAAAAUUAUAAAAAAUCAAAAACACCAAUGUCCUUCAUUUUCCC